CACCCCUUGGGUAUAAAUAAGCCUGAGUGGCCAGCCGGGGACAGCCACCUCGUCCAGGCUAAAGCGGAAGGGUACGAAGAAGUGAGCACUUGCUCAGAGAUGGCUCCUGCCAAUGUGGACCUGAAGACCACCAUCCUUUGCCUUCUGAGUUUGGCCAGCCUGGCAGCUGGGGACCGGGUAUACAUACACCCCUUCCACCUCCUCUUCUACAGUCAGAGCAGCUGUGCCCAGCUGGAGAAGACCAGUGCGGAGAUGCCCACGGAGCCGACCUUCACGCCAGUGCCCAUUCAGGCCAAGACCUCCCCUGUGGACGAGCAGGCCCUGCGUGAUCAGCUGGUGCUGGCCACUGAGAAGCUGGGGGCUGAGGACAGACUGAGGGCCUCAGAGGUUGGGAUGAUGGCCAAUUUCAUGGGCUUCCGCAUGUACAAGACACUGAGCGAGGCCCAGAGCGGGGCCAGUGGGGCCAGCGGGGCCAGCGGGGCUGUCCUCUCCCCGAUGGCUCUCUUUGGCACCUUGGCUUCUUUCUACCUGGGUGCCUUGGACCCCACUGCCAGCCAGCUGCAGGCAUUCCUGGGCGUACCUGGGAAGGACCAGGACUGCACCUCCCGGCUGGACGGGCACAAGGUCUUCUCUGCACUGCAGGCCAUCCAGGGCCUGCUGGUCACCCAGGGCGGGGUCAGCAGCCAGGCGCGCCUGCUCCUGUCCACAGUGGUGGGCCUGUUCACAGCUCCAGGCCUGCGCCUGAAGCAGCCGUUCGUGCAGGGCCUGGCACCCUUCGCCCCUGCUGUGCUACCGCGCUCUCUGGAUUUGUCCAACCCAGACCUCGCUGCCGAGAAGAUAAACCGGUUCAUGCAGGCUGUGACAGGGUGGAGGAUGAAGGGGCCCCUCGUGGGGGUCAAGGCAGGCAGCACCCUGCUCUUCAACACUCAUGUUCAUUUCCAAGGGAAGAUGAAGGGCUUCUCCCUGCUGGCUGAGCCGCAGGAAUUCUGGGUGGACAACAGCACCUCGGUGUCUGUCCACGUGCUCUCGGGCACUGGCACCUUCCAGCACUGGAGUGACCCUCAGAACAACUUCUCCAUGACUCGUGUGCCCAUGGGUGAGAGCGCUGCCCUGCUGCUGAUCCAGCCCAGCUGCCCCUCUGACCUGGACAGGGUUGAGGCCCUUGCCUUUCAUCACGACCUCCUGACCUGGAUGAAGAAUUUGUCUCCCUGUACCAUCCGCCUGACGCUGCCCCAGCUGGAGCUGCAAGGAUCCUAUGACCUGCAGGUCCUGCUGGCCCAGGCCAAGCUGCCCACCCUGUUGAGCACUGAGGCAACCCUGGGCAAGAUCAGUGAUGGCAACCUCAGAGUGGGAGAGGUACUGAAUAGCGUUCUCUUUGAACUCAAAGCGGAUGAAGGAGUGCAGACCCCCGAGUCUGCCCAGCAACUGGGCGCUACAGAGGCCUUGGAGGUGACCUUGAACAGCCCCUUCCUGUUCGCCAUCCACGAGAGGAACUCCGGUGCCCUGCACUUUCUGGGCCGUGUGGACAACCCCCUGAGCACUGUGUGAGGCCUGGCGAGGAAGGGGCCUGUGAGGCUGUGUGCUGGGCCAUCAAGGAAGACCAGGCUAGCAGUGAAGAAUAACCUUGGGCAAAGUCAGCAGCUGUCACCACAGCCUUCCCCUCUCCUUGUACCCCACAGGCUUUGGCUGGAAAGCAGCCAUCUCUCCUAGGUGACUAUGUGCUGUGUGUUGGUAACGAGGAGCAGAAAGCCACCUCCUGGGUUGCCGGUUUGUUUUGGAGAAUGGGGUGGGAGCCAGGAGCUGGCGUUCUGCACAGGACUACUGUUCUGGGAAGAAUCUGAACAGACCAACUUGUUUGUGAACCAAAAAGCAGCUCCUUUUUAGCCAAGAACAGAAAUUGGGUUUUAAAAUUAAAACACACAUUGUUCCCUUGC